UGAUUCAAAACUUUGGGAAAUUUGUGGAAAGCUUGUAAAAUAUCUAAAAACUAAUUAUGAAAAAGAAAAUAAAGGUCCUUUGAAGGAUCACCAUUGUAACCUUUUGAGCCUUUGGAUAUAUGAAAAGUUGUUUGAACACUUUAAACAUGAUCUUAAAAACGCUUUUAUUGCUUAUGGUGAUCUUAUGCUUAUUUUAAGCAAUGUUUUUACAGAUGCCAAUAAAUUAGAAGCCUAUAAUUGCCUGCAUGGGAUAACUGUACGUUCAUACGAUCAUUUAAAAAAUAGUAAGGAUCUUUAUGAUUAUUUCGUCGAUUAUGAUGAAUUUAAUAAAUUAACUGAUGUUAGUGAUGGAAAAUGCGAUAAAUAUGAAAAAUACAUCAAAAAAAAAUCUCCACUCUAUGAACGAUUUGAAGAAUUAUAUAUUCAAGCAUUUAAGGAUGAGGAUAAUGUUUUCUAUGAAAAAUGUAAAUAUUACAACCCGGAAAACUUGGUACCUAAAUUAAAAUGUGAAAUAGAAAAACUUUUAGCACAACAACAAAAAAAAGAAUUUUUGGAUGAUCGUCGUUUAUCAGAUCAUACAGAAUUUUCUUGUAAUAAUACUGAUUCUACAAAAACAUUUGGCUAUGUGUCCCUGGGAGUAGCUGCAACUUCCAUGAUAUCUGGCCUUUUAUAUAAAGUAAAUAAAAUUUUAAUAAAAACAUACUA